GCGGGAAGUGGGCUUGUCAUUUCGGGCCGCCUGCUACGGUCAAGUUUCCGAGAGCAAAUAAAUUUUACGUACAAUCUUUGCAUAAAGUGAUGGUAUAAAUAAAAAGUGAAUUUGUAGGUGCAUAAUAGAUGAAGUCAGCAAUAGAAAUAAUCGUUCUAACCUGUGUAAAAUAAUUUUAAAGUUAAAUGUAAUUUUAAAACUUAGUUUCUUGUGUCUGAAAUAAUGAAAGUUAUUUAUUCAAUGUACGUAGAUUUGUAAAUACGUAACGUAGAUUGUUCCACAUUAGAUGAAAAUUAAUAUUAAAAAAUGUAUGCUUGAAAUCAAUAAAACGUAAAGAAAUUAAAAAUAAUCUAUCCAGAAAAGUUCACUUGAUAGUUUGUCUUUGCCAUGGGAACAUAAAAGUAGUGCCAACAAUAAAAAAAUAAAACAAAAUGGAAAUGCGUUCCGAAUUUAAAAUUUGAAAAUGUCAUCUGAAGUGUCACUGGAUGGACGGGAGAGGCCAAGUGUGAUCCGGCGGGCAGUAGGUGUGUGCGCGCGCGCAGCUUGCUCACAAAUAGGACUUGUAAUAUUGGUUGUACUAUAUGUAUUGCUUGGUGCUGUGUUAUUUGAGUAUUUGGAAUCAGGCCCUGAGGUGCAAAAGAGGUCGGCAAUACAGAGGUCGAGGGAAGAAUGUCUGAAGGAACUAUGGGCUAUUACAGAGCGCCUCAACGUACUCUACGAACGCAAUUGGACACGUUUAGUACACGAACAACUGAGAAAAUUCGAGACCUCGAUAGUAGCGGCUGCGAGACAAUCCUCCGAAACACAACCUCCCGAACUAGCUUUAGACUCCAAAUGGACCUUCUCAGGAUCUAUCAUAUAUUGCAUCACGUUGAUUACAACUAUAGGUUACGGUAAUGUGUCACCAAGAACAGCAGCCGGAAGAGCAGCAACAGUGGCAUAUGCAGCGGCUGGUGUCCCUUUGACAUUAGCAUGUCUAGCUGGUUUAGGGGCAUCAUUGGCCAAACUCGCCAGAUUAUUGUGGUUGAGGACUACGAAGAGAAAAAUUCCAAACUCCUGGAGAAAAGAUGGCGAGGAAAAUCACCUGCAACUCCACGAACAACAGCGACUGCUGCCACAACCAGCGGAGCAUAAUCAGUACACAUCAUUUCCACCACGGACUCAUCGCUCACCGGGCACGGUCAGAGCCAGGGCUGGUGAAAGAGGUCAAUAUUCGCAAGUAUUUGAGAAGGCGCCUACGAGUCCUAGAGCAGCGACGCUAGGUCGCAUCAAGCGCAGUGCCUUGGCUGAUGAGCCACAUACAUCAUCAGCUUUACAAACGCAGACAUUAGACCGGAAGAAAACUAUGAGCAGUAUGAAGUGCCUGGCCACAGUUCAUGGUCCGGGUCGAGGAAGAGGUAGGGGGACCAUUCAAAGACCGAGAGGGCCAGUUAUAGAACAACUAAUUGCUGAAGAGUGUGGCGAACUACCUAUGAACAGGAGUCAAGAUGAUUUAGACGAUUCAGAGGAUCCCGAUGAAGCAAUAUGUCCACACGAUACACCAUCACGAGUGCCUUUGAUUUGGAAUGAAGAUAACCACAAAAAUAAGAGCUGUGCCGUGCCUAGCAGCAGUGCUUCCACUAGCGUCCAGCAUCACAUAAAUCAUAGCGCCGAACACUGUCAUAUACCAGUCGGCAUUGUGUUAUUCCUGCUCCUAGGGUACAUCUGCGUAGGCGCAGCUAUCUUUUCCGCUUGGGAGAACUGGAGUUUCUUAGAUGCUGCCUAUUUCUGUUUCAUAGCUUUAGCAACUAUUGGUUUUGGAGAUUUUGUGCCUACCAGUUUCUUAACUUCAAAGCAAAGUACAGAAACCUCAAAAAGUGAAUACAUACAAAUGAUUGCGUGCUGCGCAUAUUUGGUUUUUGGACUAAUUUUAAUUGCAAUGUCAUUUAGUUUACUUCAAGAUGAGGUAGUUGCUCGGUGUUCGCAGUUAGCUAACAGCUUAGGCCUGUCGCGUCAAUGACAAUACGAGAAAAGCGAUUGUAGCUCCACAGAUAAUCAUUUGAGGAUGUUAUGAUCGUUAUUGUAGGGAGCUUUCAUUUGGGUCCAAGUAAUUCUUUUCAUAUUGGAUCCUUUUCUUGUAUUUCUCACUAUUGCAAUUGUAUUUCAUAUUAUCAUUGUAUCAUACGAAUUUAUUUUCUCAAUUCAACUAAAUUAAUUUGAAGAGGGUGUUUGGAAUUUUUACGGAAUUUGUACUCAAAAUUAUAAUGAAGUU